AUGGCUCCACCACCCCAGCGCAGACAAGCCAACGAGCGCGACCCUCUCCUCCCCGCCUCCCAGCAACCUCGUCCACCCCACGGCGAUGGCUACCUAGACCCCGACGACCCAGCUGUCUCCCCCUACAACCUCUGGACCGUCCGCGCCCUCCGCUUCUUCAGCGUCUUCUUCCUCAUCAUCACCUUCCUCUGGUGGGUGCUGCUGCUCGUCAGCAUCUUCGUCUCCCCGCCCGGCCUCCACACCCGCGGCUCCGGCUUCUUCGACUUCUCCUACACCACCCUCGCCGCCGGCAUCCUGCUAUGCUCCCUCCUCUUCUUCACCGCCCCCAGCCUCGCCAUGCGCGUCUGCCAGGGCAUCAUCGCCGUCAUCCUCCUCAUCGACGUCAUCCUCAUCGUCAGCGUCUCCCGCCUGCGCAACGAAGAAGGCCCGCCGGGCAUCGCCAGCGUCGUGUGGGCCAUGCUGAUGGCCGCCUGGUGCGUCAUGACCGACCGGGUGGUGGCAUGGGGGAAGAAGGAAGAGGAAGAGCGCCUGACCGGCCGCCCGGAAACGCGCCGCACCCUCCGCGAGUGGCUCGCCAUCCUCGUCGCGACCAUCAUCCUCGCCGUCUACAUCGUCAUCACCAUCCUCUUCACCGCCACCCUCAUCCUGCGCGCCCGCGACGCCACCCUCGAAAUGGACGGCCAACGCUACUACGUCGACGGCAACAAGUACCAGGUCCACCUCGCGUGCAUCGGCGAGAAGCGCAACGCCGACACCCCUACCGUCCUCAUCGAGGCCGGCGAGAACCCGUCCGAGUACGACUUCGAGCACUGGGCCUACUCCACCUACCAAAACGGCACCAUCGACCGCUACUGCUACUGGGACCGGCCCGGGUACGCCUGGUCCGACAACGCGCCCUCCCCGCACAGCGCGGGCAUGUCCGCCGACAACCUCGCCGAAGCCCUGGCCAUCGCCGGCGAAGAGGGGCCGUGGAUCCUCGUCUCCGCCGGCUACGGCAGCAUCGUCUCGCGCAUCUUCUCCGCGCGCCACUUCCGAGACGUGGUGGGGAUCAUGCUGAUCGACCCGCUGCACGAGGACCUACUCCACCGCAUCGCCAACCCCGCCCGCGGCUUCAUCCUCUGGGGCUACGGCAUCAUCUCCCCCCUCGGCAUCCAACGCAUCGGCGGCGCCCUCUUCGGCGGCGUCACGCGCGAGGAUCGCGUGUACGGCAAAUCCGCCUACCAGGGUGGGAAGUUCAUCAAGGCGCAGCUGCAGGAGAACCUGGUCGCGGACAGUCUGACGCGGAGUGAAGUCGUCUCCGCCAAGGUGAUCCAGGCGGUGAAUACCCCGUUUGUCUUGAUCUCGAGCGGGAUUAGUGUGCGCCGGGACACGGAGUGGGAGAAUAAGCAGCGCGAUUUGACGCAUCUGACGGACAAUUUGGUGAGUUGGGAUGUCGUUAAUAAGGCGCCGCAUUAUGUGUGGAAGACGUUGGAGGGGCGGUUGUUGAUGGAGAAGAGGUUGGGGGAGUUGGUUGCCAAGGCGGGAAAUGCUAGUGUUGUUGCGGUAUAG